AUUGAGGAGAAGCAUAGGGAUCUAUGUCGCUUGGUCAUACAGUUCAUACCACCUGUGACGCCUCCCCAGUUGCCUGGUUCAGUGUUCAGAACAUUUUUACAGAACAUUCUACUAAAGAACAGAGGAGCUGACCGGAACCUUCCACCUCCGGGAGUUUCAAGCAAUUCCGUUCUUGUUUCUUUGUAUACAGUUAUACUUCAUUUUUUAUCUGAAGGGUUUGCAAUGGGAGAUAUUUGUGGCUGGUUGAAGAGCAGUGAAAAUGGUCCUGAUGUUGGUUUUCUUCAUAGGGGUGGUCAACGAAGCUUCCCUGUAGGUUUAUUUCUUAGAAAUGAUCCUCAUCGAAAUGACAAUUCUAGGCUUGGAGGAUCGUUUAGUCAUCUCUCAAAAUCAAACCCUGUAAAUGAUGAGGAAGCAGAAGUAAUUCGGUGGGAGGAAGGCUGUAUGGAUGAUGAAGAAACCGGAGUGACUCAUUCAAGUACAAAAAAACCAUGUUGUUGCUCAUGUUAUAAUGAUGAUUUUACAAGAAUCUCAAAGUAUCCGAUUAGAUACACAGCCAAAGGUUCUCAUGUCCAUUGCAGUCCAAUUCCAGAGAGAUCUGCUCAUGUUGCUACAGAAUGCAGUACUGGAAAUUUGAAUGAUGAAUUAGCAGAUAAACCUAGCUCUAGUUAUCAAUCUGAAUCUGAGUUUAGUUAUUGCCCAGUGCAGCAAUUGAGGUUUGUACCAAGGGAAAAUAAUAUGUCUUCAGCCACACUCAGAGAAGAAGAACUUCUAGAUGUUCUGUUGCUGUUGUAUCAUAUAGGUCUUGCACCAAAUUUUAAGCAGUCAUGGUCUGAUGUGGUUUUGUCUUUAACAG